CUUCUGCUUUCGAGUCCCGCUUCUGCAGCCGAAUUUCCACCUACCUCAUGAUUCCUGUCGCAUCGCUGCGCCCCUACCUGGGACCGGGACCCACUGAUGUGGGAGCAGCUGCCCAGGGAGAGCUGCUGGAGGAGUCCCAGGUGGAGGCAUCCAAGCUGCGGCAGAAGGCGGAGGACCUUGUGAAGGACAACAAAAUGCUAAUGGCGUCAUCCUCAUUGGAGGACCUGGUGGAAACUGGAGCCGUCUGCCCUAAUCCCAGCUCCACACAGGUCGCCCCGGGCAGCACCCAGCCGGACACAGAAGUGCGGAAAUCUCCUCCAAGCGGAUCCUCCUCGGAGUUCGAGAUUGUUGCUGUCGAAGCACAGGGGUUUCCCCAGGAGAGCGGCAGAGUGGACUUGGAGCAGCUGCCGAACGAAGACUCCAACCUCCUGCCGCAGCCGAGCACGCUGAGCGGCUGUGCCAAGGAGGCCAGCAAGGACCAGGUCUUCGUACGCAUGGGCUACAUGGCCUCUGAACUCAAGCGCCUGGCCUCCAAGGUGCACAAGAAUGAGCAGAGAACAUCAUUCCUGCAGACACUGUGUGAGACGCUGCACAGUGAGAACAAGGAGUUGCGAACCAAGCUGGAGCAGGACCUGGAACAGAGAAACCAGGCGCUGGAGAAGCUCAGGUGAGGAUGGGUGGUGGGGAGGGAGACGGAACUGAUGGUGACGCUGAGCAGCCAGGACAGUGGGAAGAGGGAAGUUGGUGAGCAGCAGCAGCAGAGCGGGGCCGCGGCGGAGAAGGCGCCGGGCAGAGGAGAGCUGGAGGCCAAGGAGAAGAAGGUGAAGAUCCUGGAGCACCAGCGCAGGGAGCUGCUGGAGGUGAAUAAGCAAUGGGAUCAGCACUUCCGAGCCACGAAGCAGAAGUACGAGCAGAAGGUCACGGACCCGCAGGAAGAGCUGGCUGAGGCCCGCAGGGCAUUGACCGAACUGGAGUCUGAGCGGGAGCAAAAGCAACGGGAUUUCGACCGCAAGCUGCUCCUGGCCAAGUCCCGGAUUGAAACAGAGGAGGCAAAGAAGGAGAGGCUGGCCAUGGAGGUGAGGGACCUGCAGCAGAGGAUGCGAUUCCUGCAGGAGCAGCUGGCUCCAGUCACCAGGCAGCGGGAGUACCAGGAGAAGGAGAUCCAGAGGCUGAACAAGGCACUAGAGGAGGCCCUGAAUGUCCAGGCCUCACCACCACCCAUCUUUGCCAGUGCCAUGGAGCCAGCCGGGAAGGUGCCGCAGCAGGAGCUGCUGACCCAGAAUGAGCUCCUCAAGCAGCAGGUGAAAAUUUUCGAGGAGGACUUCCAGCGGGAGCGGAGUGACAGGGAGAGGAUGAAUGAGGAGAAGGAAGAGCUGAAGCAGCAGCUGGAGAAGCUGCAGAAGCAGUUGGUCCUCUCCAACAACCAGCUGCGGGCCUCGAAGGAUGACUGCCAGAGGGAGAAGGAGAAGCUGAAGAAGCUGCUGAAACAGCACAAACAGGCUUCUGGGGAGAGGCUGCAUGCUGAGCCACUGGGCCCUGCCUGCCCCAUGUACCAGUACCAGUACAGCCCCCCUGUGCCUCACCCCAUGUACCACGGCUUCGACGAGUGGCAGCAGAUCCGAUACCCGCCAGCGAUGCCAGGCGAGCACACGCCAGGACAAAACUUCCACAAUUUUCCCCCGCCCGACUACGCCUGGCGCCCGCCCUGCGCCAUGGCUCGCAGCCAGAACGCCCAGGCGGUGACUGGGGUGAAACCAGUCCCCAAGGAUUUGGAACAGGCAGGUCCUGGAUUGCCCUAA